CUAUACCAUAUACGGACCGACCGACCGACCGAGCUCGUCCCCUGGGACACUAGCGUACUCGUCACUCGGCUGAGUGAUUAGACAAGCUGACAAUGUCCCUCACCUGCUUACCUGGGAGUACUCUGUGCGUUUCUAGACUGUGCUUAGCUGUCCUGACAGUGGGGCUAUACAGGUUUAAAUCCAUCCUUUCUGAGUUUUUUUACUUAAAAGCUGCAAUUCUUUUCUUCUAAAACGGCUCUGCUAGGGAGGGUUAGAAUAGUCUAGCCCACCCUGCUUCCUCCGCUGCGCUCCAGGUCAGGCUGGGCCAAGACCAUUCCUUUUGCUUUUUUUUUUUAGCUGCAUCAGUAAUCGGCUAGAUCUAUUAUCAGGACAGCUAAGUACAGGCCAGAAACGCACGGUACUCCCAGGUAAGUAGGGGGGGUUGUCAGCUUGUGUGCAUACUCCUAGCGACUAGUCUCAAGGUGGGUGUGUGGCAAAGCAGCCAGAGUGCACUCCGUCCGGAUUGUUUCUGCCCGCAAGCUUAAUCUUUUCCUCUUUCUCUUCCUCCAAACCGACCGGCAACGUGGCAAACAACUAUCCCAAUAUCUUCUUUCAUUCCAUAUUAUCGUCAAAAGACCCUAAGUUUCAAGAAAUCCUCCGAGCUCAACUCGUGUCGACGACAUACGUGACCGACCAUCCAUCGGCCUCGAAUGCCACCGGACGAUCGCCCGCAGCGACAACUUCUCCCCCUAACCGCCCAACAACCCCUCCAGGAGCUGAAUCCCACGGAUGGCGACGAUGGCAACUCACUUGGACGCAAGAGGCGCCGUCCUUACACUUCCAAAGCCUGCAAUUUUUGCCGGGACAAGAAGAAGGCCGUAAGCAAAUCAAGACUAUAAGGCUUUCGCCCCUUCCGCCUUCCAACCAGCCAAAAACUCUCUU